AUGGCUCCGACCGCCGUCCAAUCGCCGCUUGACGUCCCCUCGUCCGCCUACACCUACCACAACCCCUCGUCCAAAGUCUUCCCCGACGGUGUCAAGACUGCCGGCCAAUUCGAUCCCCUCUACGACCAGCUUGCCCCGUACUCUGCCUUCCCCAAGGAAAUCACCGGCCCUACAGUAUGGCAAGCUGGAGAAUACAAGAACAACCCCGAACGGUGGACACACCCCUUCAGCGACGACGAGAUUGCAGAGAUCAGCAAAGCCGCCGACGACUUCAUCGCCUCCAACACACCGCUGACCGGCAUCACCAAGGAAAAGUUCCCCUUGCCCUCUGCCACCGGCCGCCUGCUGCACUCGCUGCGUCACGAACUGCUCAAUGGUAAAGGUUUCAUCCUCUUCAAGGGCUUCCCUACCGAGAAGUGGGGCCUGCACAAGUCGGCCGUCGCCUACAUGGGCCUGGGCACAUACCUGGGCUACUUUGUGAGCCAGAACAGCCGUGGCCACGUCUUGGGUCACGUCAAGGACGUUGGCGAGGACAGCAGCCAGAUUGACAAGGUGCGCAUCUACCGCACAAACGCCCGGCAAUUCUUCCACGCCGACGACAGCGACAUCGUCGGCCUCCUCUGCAUUGCUCGCGCUCUUGAGGGUGGUGAGUCUGACCUCGUGUCAAGCCAUGCCGUAUGGAAUGCCUUGCAGAAGGAGAACCCCGACGUGGCCGAGCUGCUCACCCAGCCCAUCUGGUACUUUGACCGCAAGGGCGAGAAGUCGGUCGGUCAGCAAGAUUGGAUCCGCACGUCUGUCUUCUACCUCGAGCCCAAGCCCAAUGGUCGUGUCUACUCCAAGUGGGACCCUUACUACGUCAAGUCUCUCACUCGCUUCAGUGACGCUGGCGCCAUUCCUCCGCUCUCGGCCGAGCAACUCCGCGCUGCUCAGAUCCUCGAAGACACUUGCGUACGUCUGUCUCUGCACAUGAUCCUCGAGAUUGGUGACAUACAGUUCUUGAGCAACGAACACGUUCUGCACGCUCGUACCGCCUACAAGGACCACGCUCCUCCAUUGCCCAGACGCCAUCUCAUGAGACUUUGGCUCGCCACCCCCGACAGCGAAGGCGGCUGGACGCUACCUUUCGAGGACAGCUCCCACAGGAAGCGCGGCGGUAUUCAAGUCAACGACAACCCCCCUGUCGCUCCUCUUGACGCCGAGUAA